AUGGGCCACUGUUCUAUACCAGAGAUGUUGGGAAAAACACUAGAAAAGAUGUGUGGAAAGGCUCGAGACGAGCCCAAAGAAAAUAAUAAGAGUAAGGUUCUGAAGAUCAAAGGAACAAUAAAGUUGAUGAAGAAGAAUGUUUUGGACUUCAAUGAUGUGGGUGCCUCGUUUCUUGAUCUGGUGUACGAGCUCUUUGGCAAAGGUGUCUCACUUCAACUCAUCAGCGCCGUUCAUGGCGACCCAGCAAAUGGAUUAAAAGGGAAGCUUGGAAAAACAGCAUUCGUGGAAAACUGGAUUUCAACACUCACAUCUGUAUCGGCCGGAGACGCUACAGUCAACAUUUUAUUUGAGUGGGAUGAAUCCAUGAGUGUUCCUGGUGCCUUCAUUAUAAAAAAUUACCAUCACAAUCAGUUCUACCUUAAGACAGUAACUCUACAAGAUGUUCCCGGACAUGGUCAAAUCCAUUUCAUUUGCAAUUCUUGGGUUUACCCAGCACAUCGUUACAAAUACGACCGGGUCUUCUUUGCAAACAAGACCUACCUGCCAUGUAACACUCCAGAACCUCUACGCCUGUAUAGAGAAAAAGAACUAGUUAAUCUUCGCGGAAAUGGAUCGGGACAGCUCAAGAAGUGGGACAGAGUCUAUGACUAUGCAUACUACAAUGAUUUGGGAAAUCCAGACAAGGGCAAAGAAUAUGAACGUCCUGUGCUUGGUGGAUCGGAGAAGUUCCCAUACCCCCGAAGAGGAAGAACAGGUCGUGCACCGUCAAAAAAAGAUCCUAACACUGAAAGCAGAUUGCCACUUCUUGAUCUAGACAUAUAUGUUCCACGGGAUGAACGGUUCGAUCCCGUGAAGUUUUCAGAUUUCCUUGCCUAUGCUUUCAAAUCUAUAGGCCAGGUAUUGGUCUCAGAGAUCAGUUCAUUUGACACAACUCCUAAUGAGUUUAACAAUUUCCAAGCGUUACUUAAGCUCUAUGAUGAUGGGGUUAAGCUACCAAAUAGUCAGACACUAACCAAACUUAGGGAACGCAUCCCAUGGGAGAUGCGCAAGGAACUCCUUGCCAAUGACGGUGGGCGACUAUUCAAACUCCCAAUGCCUGAUGUUAUAAAAGAGGAUAAGUCUGCUUGGAGGACAGAUGAAGAAUUUGGACGGGAAAUGCUCGCCGGAGUAAAUCCUGUCAUCAUCCGUCGCCUUCAGGAGUUUCCACCUGCCAGCAAGCUUGACCCUGCAAAAUAUGGAAAUCAAACCAGUACAAUCAAAAGGGAGCACAUCGAGAAGAACAUGAAUGGGCUAACUGUGGAUGAAGCACUUGAGAAUAAUAUGCUCUUCAUAUUAGAUCAUCAUGAUGCACUGAUGCCUUACUUGCAAGUCAUUAACUCGACUACCACGAAGACCUACGCCAGCCGAACGCUCCUCUUACUCCAAAACAAUGGGACAUUGAAGCCACUGGCAAUUGAGCUGAGCUUACCACAUCCACAAGGAGUCCAAUAUGGAGUCACCAGCCAAGUCUUCACUCCAGCAGAGCAUGGAGUAGAAGGUUCGGUAUGGCAGCUAGCCAAAGCUUAUGCUGCUGUCAACGAUUCUGGCUAUCAUCAGCUCAUUAGCCACUGGUAUGUUUAA